AUGGUAGGCCCUCUGACUUUUAAGGCCAUUCUGUUUUUUUUAAAAUAGGCUUGGGAUCGAACGUCUGCCCAUCCCGCAUGAAGUGGUUGCGCGUCCCUCAGUUCACCUCCGGCUCAUUCCCCAGGAUGGGAGCCACCGUCGGUUGCACCACCAUGUUUCAUCCCACCGACGAGAGACAAUUCCCAAUACAUUUUCGUUCCAUCAGAUUGCCCUCUUCACCUGAUUUCAGUUGUACUUUUAGGAUUUCUUUAUACCUUUGUUAGGGAUGUUAUGGAGGCUCAGUUAAUUUUGGUGCUGCUCGAAAUUUGGUCGCUGAUCUGGUGCACCGAACUUUUGUGCAACAUACAACGGGAACAUUUACUGGGAGUGGGAACAUCAAUGAUGACCAUAUGUCGGAUGAUUCUGUCGCUGAUCCAUAACUGUAAACCUGUCCACGAAGAAAUAAAAAAAAAAUUCAAAAUGUUCACCCUGGACUAUAUUUAGCAGACAUUCUCUUCCGAUUUCAAGAAAAAAUUGUAGUGAUUGAUGAACCGGAACUCCCUGAUUUUGGCGUUUCAGUGCGUUUAGCUGGAUAAAUCUGUAUUUAAUUGACAUCUUCUUCCGAUUUCAAGAAAUUUCUGAUUGACGAACUGGUACUCCCUGAUUUUGGCGUUCGAGUGCGUUUAGCUGGAUAAAUCUAAACCUAGGGUCGCCUACUUUCUUGUCCGUGUUGCAUUUUGACUUUGCUUUUUCUGUCGGCGAUGACAAUGAAACAAUUAAUUAAGAGAAUAUAUUUGUCUUGUUCUGCUCCAUGCGGCCGCAUCCCUGUUCAAUGCGAUAGAAAAAUGUGUCGCUUUCUUUUCAGUUAAUUUCUGUGCCUGAUUGAUACUGGCUGUUGGGUCAUUUGAUCAUAUUGCCCUACCCCCCUUGUGCAUUCAUAACUAUACUCAUCCUUGGAAAUAGUGUCUUUUUAAUCUGCCGACGAAUUUUGGUUUUUAUUAGUCUUUAACAUAAUCCUAUUUGUCUUUGAGCUUUGUAUCCGAGGUUCAAGUUUAUUUUCUUCUCUCACUUAAAUGUGUUUUGUAUAUGAUAGAGAGUUGUUUGUUUAUGGUGUGCAGGCCAUGUAUAUUCGUGUCAAGCGUCAUAAGACGACAUACUUUGUGACCUGUGAUCCAACGGACACUGUCCUUCGGAUUAAGCAGAAACUGCAGUCCCUUAUUGACGAACCAGCAAAUAGGCAACGCCUAACCCUUGUAUCAACUGAUCAGAUUUUGGAAAAUUCUAAAACACUGGCAGAGCAGAAGGUAUCUUGUCGAAUUUUCAGCUUUUUUUUUAAUAUAUAUUAUUGAAGAUGUCAACGUUGAUGCUGUGAUUUGAGAACUCUCUUUAUCCAUUUUCUUAGUUUCACUUCACCUUUGUUCAGUAUAUCUAACCGUAUGUGUCUGAUACGCUUCACCUUCUUCCAGGUCGAAAAUGAUGCUAUUGUUGCAUUAACGUUAAAAACAGGUUUGCUUUCCUCCCCAAUCCAUCUCUUCUUCAUCUCUGCCUUAAGUUUUAAUGUUUUGAAACCCAGAAAGAUUUCCACAGACAUAUCUGGUUUCUUUUUCUUCAUCCAUACAGAUUACUCUUAUUGGUCCAUAGAGUUGGUGAUUUUCGUUAAAUCUUUUAAUGGAAUGCCAAACACGUGAAAAAAGAUCUUUCAAGUUUUCGUCAAAGCAACUGUAUUUUAGCAAUGCAAUGUGGUGGUAUUUGUCGUAUAUGCACAGUUCCUAUGGUGUAGACCAUGUAGGUGUCGUUCAGAUGUACAUGGGGCAGUUUGCCUGUCUUACUGAUCUGAUGCAGUAGAGCUUAUCCUGGCACUGUAAUCGUUCUCCUUUUAUUUCAGUUUGGAAGAUAUUGGUAAACUAGGUCACGUAUAUUAUGAUGUGGGAAUUUCAUUCUGGUUGUCAGAUUCAGGCAGGUGGCUGGCUUACUCACCAUGGCUUAGAUAAGUAUUAUGGUUCGAGAGAAUCCUCGCAAGGACGUUCAAAUGGGUUUUCUUUUUGGCUAAUGGCUCACAUAUGGGUCAGGAAAUAGCACCAAUUGAUAUCAGAUAUCUUAAGGGGCUGGGUUAGUAGUGGGGUAGAAUUGGGUUUGGCAUAAAAUGAAGAGAGGAGAAAGUGUUAUAUCCACAUCUGUUUGGGAUUUGACGGGUGGUUUUGUAAAUUCUUAAUUGGGCAAAAAGUGGUCAAGGGCUAUUGAGACUGCCCAUUUAUAAGGAACGCCGUUGAUAAUGGUUGUUAUGAGUGGAUUCCUGUCGGCAUAAGCAGAUCUCCAAAGAUUCCCUGCUGCUGAAACCCAUUGACUAGCAAUAGAAAACCCGCUGAACGGAACAACAAUGAGCCUAACAGUGAAAUGAUUAGAGUAUGAGAUAUGGAGAUGACGCCAGCAUUGGUGUGCUGCACAGGAAACGUCACCGGCUGUGAGAAAAAGCUGUUUUUCUUGAUAUAGAAAGGGAAGGAGGUAGAAAAGAAGAAGACCGAGAAAAGAAAUGUGAUGGAGUCGGACAUAUGUUUUAGGCCGAAUGUUGUAUGUGGCUUUGGAGUGUAAAAUUGGUCGGCCGCACAUAUCCAUUCAUGAGGGUGAAGAUACUCCCUUAACACGACUUAUGAGCAUCAUUCUCUGGGGCUUUCUAUUCUUUAUUACUGUUUGCAAUGGAAAAUUAUAGACCCUAACGACUAGAAGAGGGGUUUUUUGAUUUCUGGAGGUCGUAAACUUCCAGAGGCUUCUAGAACUAAAAAGCUUGCUUUAUUAGUAAGGUUUCAAAAAUCUGAUUCUUAGACACACGAUCUAAAGAUAAGUCGAAAUAUCUUGAUUAAUUAUCUUGGUUAAUUCUCCCUGUCAUCUUGGUUAAUUAUUGAGUGAACCCAUUAGUCGAAUGGACCUUUUGGUCAUCAUGGAGAACCUGUCAUAUCUGCCCUAUUCCUGAGAUUCUGGCCUUCUCAAGAUCUCUGUGGAUUUCUCGCACCCGACCCAUGACUCCCCCUCUAUGUCACCAAUCCCCGCUGUUCAGCCUCCUAUGUGUGUAACCCUGCACACACACCCCUACAUCUUUCACCUGGGAGUCUUCACAUAUUGAUCCACUUGCUCCCUCUAUUCUCCUUUCCAUUUUCAGAUAGGAAACUAGAUGACUAAAUUGGACCUAUGUUAAAUUCCAUGGUCUGGAGUUUCUGUUAUGAAUAAUCUACGUGAAUUGGAGACUUGUGGAUUUGGUAUGAAUGAUGAUAUUAAUAAACACCAAUUUGAAUCUGAGUGAGGUAUAAAAGUUAGAUUAAUAGCCUAUGGCAAAAGUUGGCUGUUUUGGAGAGUUAUUGAGAGGUAUUUGGUAUUUUGGCGAGGUAUUAUAGUCAAGGAGAAAAUGAGUGAACCACACAAUGUAUUAUAGUCUUCACAUAUUAACCGCAGAGAUGCUUCAGUAACGGAAAUAGUUGACUUUCUGUUUCUGGUACUGACUGCUGGAGCGGCAUCGCAUGUUGUAAAUCUAGGUUCCUAUGUAGCCUCGUUUCUAGAUACAUCUUCAAUAUUCCGUGGUUUAUUUCUGAAAGUUUACAAGGAACAUGCUGUUUUUGCAUAGUCGGCUGGUUCAUUGACCACUACUUCCUGAAUCCUGGCCUAGAUAAUCCCUUAGAAAAAGGGGUACUGGUUGGACCUCGGGCCCGGGUCAGAUAACUCAGCCCAACAAUCUGCGUGCACCUCUUGUGUGCGGGAGGGAGGGGGAGAGAGAGAGAGGUCUGGCCUUCGCCGGAUCAUUGACAUCUCAUAAUCGUCGUCUCAUUUCUGUAAUAUUCUGCAUGACGUCUUCCCUCCGUUCUGUUGCUUAGUCUUUUCUCUUGGUGCUUCGUCCGUCAAGCCACCUUCUUAUUCGUCAUUAAGGGAAACACCCUGCGUGCAUUGCACCGAAAUCUCCUUUUCUUUUCAAUCCUUGUUUCUGUUCCUUUAAUCUCAGAUGACAACGGGGAGUUUGAGGACGUCUGCAUCGCACGGCCUGAGGAUUUCUCAUCGUUCUCGUAG